AUGGCUAUACACGAGGCGGCUGCUAUAUUCACCAAGGAAAACGAGGAGCUACGGGCUGCAGUUGCCAGGCAGACGCGAAAGCGUGACCAAGGAUGCGAACGGUACAAGAAGGUAUUUCUAACAGGAGGAAAAGGAUUGGCUAGAGUUCAAGCCGCUCAACACGGCGUGGAGGAGCCUGAGGGGCGGAUGAACCGCCAACCUGAAGCAAAUGUAAUAUAG